AUGUUUCAAACAUAUUAUCUAUCAGGGAGGACUUUUGGUGCAACUCCCGGGAGCAAGGAAAGAAGUGGAGAUGAUCGGACGCAUCCUCAAACAUUCCCCUCUCAUUGGAGAAAUGGCAACAAAAGAAAAGGUGUUAAAACGAAUGUCAUCAGUAGCGUUAGUUCACAUUGCAGCGCACAGUAAAAUGGAAACUGGAGAAGUCGUCUUGGCACCAAACACUACCAGGAAAAACUCUCAGCCAGAAGAGGAAGACUAUCUAAUGACUAUGAAAGAUGUCCUAGAAGCUGGGCUGCGGGCUCGACUGGUUGUACUAAGUUGCUGUUACACCGCUCGUGGGGAGGUUAUGGCCGAGGGUGUGGUCGGCAUCGCGCGAGCAUUUUGGGUGCCGGUGCUAGAUCUGUUGUGGUAACCUUAUGGGCGAUUGAUGACGAGGGAACCCUGGAGUUCAUGAGUUUCUUCUACGAUGCACUUUCUAAAGGCAAGAAGGCAAGUGAAGCUCUCCAGCACGCCAUGAAGUGUAUGAAAGAAAGUGAAAUGUUCAAGGAGGUGCAGUACUGGGCACCAUUUGUACUCAUUGGUGAUGACGUCAGCCUGGAUUUCAAGGAAAUUCAGACU